UUGUCUUUAUAUUAACUAAAGAUGUGCCCAAGUGCAUUUCUUAAGGGUCAUUAAUUAAUUUUUAGAUUCAUAGAUGGUCAUUUGUCAUUCAUCUCAUAUGGGACAGUUUCAUUAUUAAUCGGCGAUCGAUUUCAAAAUAAAACGCCGAAUGUAGCCACAUAUCUGACAAUAUGUGUGUUCGGUUAAGAAGCCCUUAAGGUUUUAUUUCUUAUCCCAAUGGCUUUAAUGCUUUGUUUGCUUGAGCAAACGUUUGUCUUUUCAAACUGAAAACCAAAAGAACUCUUUCGAGGAAAAAUCCUCACAGCUCUAAAAACAGAAGCGCGGUGUACAUGAUAGAUACAUCAACAACUUUACUUAAUUUGUCUUCACCUCCAUCAAAAAGGUUCUGUGAUCAUGUGUCAGUUGUGAAGGCAAGAAUUCAGGUUUUAGUCUGUCUGUCAGUCAGUCCCUCUAGCAUGCCUCCGUUCGCUCUGGAUCUCAGCCACUGGACCCUGUCGUCUGCCUCACGGCGUCUCCUGGGACUGUCAUCUGGGUCACCACUUUGUGCAGCCACGCGAAACCCUCUGUUACUGGUUGCAGGCCAACAGGAGAUGAGACAAGAUGGAGGUUUUACACCAUUUAUAUAUAUUCGCGGAGCCAUCUCUUGAUACAUUUGAUGCAAAAUCGAGUGUAGGAGUUCAAACAUCCAGGCAUGGCUUCUGAAGGAGCUCUGAGGCCAUCUGCUACACAAAACUACAAAGCUAGUGUGCUAGGGUGGAUGGCCAGCCCCUAGCAGUCUUUUCUAGCUGUUGGACAUUAACCAUUCAUCCAACAUGCUAGCCACAUGUUACCCACCCGGCCCUAAGAACACCAACUCAUUUCCACACACCGCCUGUUUCUAUAUCUUCAAUUUUGGUGAAUCACACAAUAAUGGUAACACUUUUGUAUGAUGAAAGCGACUCUUCCGGACUGUUUUAUCUUUAUAAAUAGAUUAUCUGAUAUUCAUCCACGCCCACUAUCUAAUGUUUCAGUAAAUUGUGUUUUUCGUUGUAAUUAUCCAAAUGGUUCUCCAUUUACCACCUCCGUCGCCAAGUCUCGUAUGUUCUCGCGCGAGUAUGAAAACCAUCCGAGAUUUAGCAGGCGAAAGCCGUGCCCACUGUUAUCUGUGAACGUUUAUUGUGCAUACUGGAUGUUUAUAUUUUAUUGCGUGUCAAUUAGGUCAAGUGCUCCUGCCUUUUGCGCUGUUUUUUUUUUUUUUGUUUUUUUUUUGGGGGGGGGUUUCUAUCUGGAACCAUGUUUGGUCAUGCGUUGGGCAGUAGUCACGACUUAGUUUAAGGUUUCAACUGAACUUACCACGUGUCUGAGUCAACUGGACGAGUCACACGUAAUCUGAGAACAACCGUUAUGAAUAUUUGAUGAUUUCAUGCUGGUCAGAACGGGAGAUCAUACAGAGGCAGAAGUGAUUCGCUCCUGAUUUAGUCAUCUGCAGAAUAUUAGCCAUCAUUGUUGGUGUCGUCCACAGGUCUGUCACAGGUAUAACGGGGGACGUCAAGGACUGAGGGUGGUCAAUACGAUAUCCACCGCCCAGAACAUCUGAGGGAUUGCUCUACCUGUUGUCCUGUUGUACCCCAGGAGAACGCACCUCCAGAAUAGAAGGAAAGACAGAGAGGAUAAGCAAACUUGGCUCUUCCCUACCCGGCAAAACGGUCGUUUCUUCUACCCGAUAUACUGGGAGUCACGUGCCUUGACGGGUUCUGUGGCAGUUGUAAUUAUGGCUCUCUCCUUCGUCCCAUCAUUGGAUUUCAAGGGAGGCGAGGGCAGAAUGGAUGAGAAAGCAACCUCCGCACUGCCGAUGCAGAACCUCUCCGAAAGUACCCCGAACAAAGGCAGGACGCGAAAGUCGAUUUCUCCUUCUCUCAAUCCUGUGGAGGAGGAUGCAGGCGAGGCCGCGGUCAAGGACCUGCUGGUGUACUACGCCAGGCAUUCCACCAUGCACGGCAUCCCGUCCAUCGUCGGCUCACGCCUCUAUCGAGGACGCAGGGUCUUCUGGAUUGGUGUCGUGUGUGUGAUGGCCAUUUUGCUGGUGACUGUCAUCUACUGGCAGAUGUCCGACUUCUACCGUUUCCCGACCGUCACCAGCGUCAACGUUCGCUACGUGACGGAAAACGACUUUCCAGCCGUCACCAUCUGUGACCUCAACGUUUUCAACAAACAGUUCAUCGAACAGCUUGACAUCGCCACGCAGAUGCGCAUGACUUACCUGACGGAGAUACCGGGCAUUUUUCACCUGGUGGGCAAGGUGGUGCUGGACACCUUACGGCAACGGCACAAUGUGACUGAGUCCAGCCAUCAGAAGGACGAGGAGACUGUGGCGAGUCUGCUGAAGAUGACCCAGCAGAUGAUUGAAGUCGAUGGAGGAGGGUUGUACUGUGCAUGGAGCGAUCACUACUGGGAGAAUUGUUCAGUUGCCAUGGAUACGCGCGUUACUGAUAUGGGUGUCUGUUUUACUGUGGAUUCUCGUAAAUUAGUAAAGGACACCUCCCUGUCCAGGCGCAAGGCUAGCACGGUCAGCAACGCCCUGAGGGGACUGAGCCUCAUUGUCACCACGGCGUCCGAGGACAUCCCAUACCGUCUGUACCACUCCGAGGGAUUUAAGGUAGUCCUUCACGAUCCUGAAGAAGAGCCUCUUCCGCAGUCACGUGGAUUUAUCGUGGGGGCCAAUCGUUCUGUCGAAGUUGAGAUCAGGAAAAACGUGCGCAUCGGCCUGGAACCGCCGUUCAAAGCGUUUGGCAGCGGCACGUGCGUGGAGGUCUGCAGCUCCAGCUUCGUCAACCCCCUCAAGCGAUUUGCACGCUACACGAAGGAGGCGUGUGAGAUGGAGUGCUUUGUGGACUACGUAGUGGACUACUGCCACUGUCGUCACUUCCUACAUCCGGGAAACGAAACCAUCUGCCCCUUGAAACAACUCGCCACCUGCUUCAGGGAAGCUGAAGACCUCUACUUUGGCGGGAAGAACAAGUCGCAGCCUCGCUGUGACUGCCCGUUGCCAUGUCGUGAGAACGUCUACAGCACCAGCGUUACCUACGCCAGCUUCCGCACCACCGCCCUCUUUGAUGCCAUCUUACCAGGUGUCAACGAAAGUGUCGUGAAAAUCCACUUCUAUUUCCCGGAUCCAGUGGUGACUACCAUUGAGCAAAUACCGGUCUAUUCCCUGGAGGGCCUUUUGGGUUCAAUCGGAGGACAGGUAGGGCUGUUCAUGGGCUUCAGCCUGGUCACAGUGGCGGAAAUGUGUGAGCUAGUCUUCUUGCUCAUCACCAGAGGCAGACGAUUCUUCGCCCAGCCAGAGGCUCGCAGACCUCUCAACCAGAGACCGUAGGAGGCUGGGGGUUAACUCUACACAUCACCAACCUCACGAAUGAGCUGUCUUCUGAAAGGAAUCAACUCCCAAUUUUUCGCAUCCAUUGACAAUCCAGCAGCAUUGAAAUUACCGUUAUAUGAAGACUCUGGAGUAAGGAAUUUGUGCGUCAUCCAUGACUGUAAGAACUUGAUAAUCAUGACACGGGAAUAAAGUGAACGAUUAUGAACUACACGUGCAUAUUAAAACACUUGACGGAGCAGAAAAAAAAAACUUAUGAAAUAUAAAUUGCACAGCUUUUAACAGUACAGGUUUUCGUAUAAUCUGCCUUUAGAAGCUAGGGCACACGCAAAUGGAUGCCAGUCAGUAUCUUCAACACACAAAAACCUGAAGUAAAAAUUUUGUCAUGUCUCCUACGAAGAGGACUUACAGGAACAUUUGCAUACUCAUGUUCGAACUUUUACCGAACCUUCUCCACCGGAAUAAUAGUUCGUAAAGCACUGCAUAUUUGUAUCUAGUUGUGGAGUGGCUGAUCAGUGUGGUUUAUCGCGAAAUUCUCAUCUUGUGUCACAUGUUAAAAUGGUGUUGUUGGUACUGCCUGGUUGGUACAUCUUUGUCUUGUGAAAACUGCUAUUGUUGUGAAAAUGCUAUGUUGCAAAAAUCGAGUGUUGUGUCAUCCAUCGCUUUCUGCAAUUCGAGAUCCUUUGUGAAUUUUGCAGAAAAUAUUUAAGGUAACACACUGCAGUAUCAGCAUAGAUUAAGCCUGCAAGUCACAGGUCACGGGUACCAUGACCCAGUAGAUAAUGACUGCCAUCUGUAUCAAUAGCCAUUAAAAGAAACUUUCCUUGCAAACACACCCGUCCAUUUAAAAAAAAUUCUUUAGCGACAUAGCAAGUGAAUUUGUUUUGGCCAAGGCCCAUUUGUUUCCUGCUUCUCCUCCUAGUGGCUGUUAACUAGGACAGGCCUUGUAUCAGAAUAGCUAGUUGAUGGUGAUGUCACUCCCUUGACCUCUAGCUUUCACCCUCACAGGUCACAUCUUUCAUGAAUGUAGCUCAAAAUAGCUUCUGGAUAUCAAAAGCAAUGUAAAGGUAAAAACCCCAACCCAUCCAGGUGGAUGAUCUUAAGCAAAAGCAAAGAGUGGACCAAGGAGGAUCUAAAGUUUCAGACGGACACUGUGACCUUUCCAAUUAUGUUGUGAGCGGCUACACACAUUCCUACAAAACUUGCAAUUUUUUCAUAAUAACAAUUUUACUCAUUUGUAAAACUACUGAUACUGUGACUCUUCACACCCAAAAACUUCAAUACAAUAGUUCACAAACAAAAGUAUGUCACGAUUGCAGUCUUGAAAGUGCUUGCAAAGGCCUCAUAUAGAAUGCAAGGCUUGCUAUUUUUGAAAUGACAUCACUCACCCAACAAAUUGCACUAACAUGAACACGCAAAUCUUUUUCACUUAUUUUAUUUUCAGUUGCAACAGACCCAUCAGAUUUAGGAACCAAGUGUUCCAGUGGGACAAAGCUUCUUGCCAAAUUACAUCCAAGUAUCAUCCAUCAGAUUAAAACACCACUUUGAUCCACGAAGUGGAAGGUUGCAUACAUCAGCUGUGUAGAAAAAUAGAGUAAAUGCAAGUACAAAACAGCUGACCUGCAUCUUAAUAUUUCCCUAGUUCAAGACACAAUUUGUCCCCGAAUGAAGUAGGGUGCAUACUGUAAAACAACUGCUGAUACUGCUACAAUAUUUGCUCAGUGCUACAUCACCAGACAGAACUGUUAGAAGGAACAGAAAGAUGAGGAAAUGAUUACAAUACUUCUACAAGCCACAUCAAUUUUCUUUAACUCUGAAUACAUGGGCACAGCAGCUGCCUAUCUUGUAGUUGCUAAUCAGUUAACAAGAAUUUAAAAAAAAAAAAAAACCAAAAAAAAGCAACAACA